AUGGAAAAGAGAGAUCAAACAUCUGAAUUGGAAAAAUGUGAAUUAGAAAAAUUCCAAAUAGAAAAGAGAGAUCAAACAACUGAAUUUAAAAAAUCUGAAUUAGAUAAAUUCCAAAUAGAAAAGAGAAAUCAAACAUCUAAAUUGGAAAAAUCUGAAUUAGAAACAUUUCAAAGAGAAAUAAGAAAUCAAACACCUGAAUUGG